AUGGGACCUCCUGGAGCCAAGGGCAGUCAAGGUGACUCGGGGAAACCAGGCCCCCCAGAGUUGGAGCUAGACAUUCACAACCCAGAGUUCCUAAUAAGUUCACGAGUCCCAGGCUGCAACAGUGAAUGGAAACUAUCAGACAACCUGGAGUGGAGGGUCUUCGAGGCAUUCCAGGUCUGCCAGGCACCCCAGGUGCCAAGGGUGAGCCUGGCCGCNGCUCCAGGGGGGCAAGGAGCCACUGGUAUCCCAGGACUUAAAGGAGAGAAGGGCAGCAAAGGUGAUGGGGGUCUCAUUGGACCGAAAGGGGAAACUGGCGCUAAAGGAGACAAAGGAGACCUGGGCCUCCCAGUUUUAUUACCUUCUCCCUUUUUUUGUAUUUUGAUCUUAGGACUUCAAGGACAAAAAGGAACAAAAGGAGAAUCAGGAGUUCCAGGCCCUGCAGGCAUGAAGGGAGAAAGGGGAAGCCCAGGCCUGGCAGGCCCCAAGGGUGUACCUGGACCAGUUGGCCAAAAGGGACACCCAGGAGAGAAAGGCUCUUCUGGGGUGCAAGGAGUAAAGGGAGAAAAAGGUGAAAAAGGCGCAUCCCUAGCUCCUGUCAGGAUUGUUGGCUCUCUGAACCGAGGCAGGGCUGAAAUUUACUAUAACGGUAAAUGGGGAACAAUUUGUGAUGAUGACUGGGACAAUGCAGAUGCCACUGUCUUCUGCCGCAUGAUGGGCUACUCCGUGGGAAAGGCCCUUUUCAAUGUGGGAGCUGGCUCUGGGGAUAUCUGGCUGGAUAAUGUUGCAUGUCGAGGGACAGAGUUGACCCUAUGGAACUGCAACAAGAAUAGCUGGGGCUCUCACAACUGCAACCACAAUGAAGACGCUGGCGUGGACUGCAGCUGACCCUCCCCAGCCUUUUCAGUGCUCUGCUUCCAAGGUGUCUGCAGCCAUAGGCACCCAUCCCACCUGGGGGAAGGCCAGUGCUCUCUGAGGGGUUUCCUGGAAGUGGCCAAGCAGCUUCUGGUGUGGGGUCAUUAAUAAAGUUCAAAGUGCUACUUGGCAACA